UGCAAAUGCAUGAAACCAAAAAUAGCGUUGCUGCGUUUCGAGUCGAGGUCGUCGUCAUAGAAAAUACAGCGAGCGUCUGAUUGUUUUUCAAAGCCAGCACAGGAUGCGACGGAAAUCAAGACCUGAAUACUUCUCAUUCACUAUCGCAACCAUGUCACAACCAUCGCUGGCUCAACUGUUAAAGACUCACAACCAGCACCAAGCAGACAAAAAGCGACACAAUGACCAACUGAAGAAAGACGCAGCACAUGCCGUUCACGAACUGACCGAUGCUGUAUCACUGCAUGUCAAUGAAGGCAUCUCGGAUAUCUUUUUACGUCAGAAAGAGUUGGAGCAAGAGUCAAGAAAGCUCGCCAAUCAAACAGCCAAGUAUACCAAACAAACGAAUCAGUGGCUUUCACUCGUGGACAACUUUAACAGCGCCCUUAAAGAAAUAGGCGAUGUUCGGAAUUGGGCGCAGAUCAUGGAAAACGAUAUGCGAGCUAUCAUGACGACUUUGGAGUUUGUUCAUCAAGGCACCAUUGAUGGAAAACCCGUCGAACGAGGGAAUGAUCAUCAUACGAACGACACGGCUGAAAACGCGUAACCUAUUCUAUCUAUAUCCCCCGCCGCCCCAUCUGUAAAUAUGCCUUUCAGUAAAAUCAUAAACCUUAUCUUUCCACAAAAAAUACGCGUUGCAGCUUGUUAUUCUUAGCCGGUGUCUCUGCUGAGGCGACCCAUCCAGCGAAAAGCAGACAAUGUUGGUACAGUCCCUUCACGUGCAAUCAGGCUAUAUACCAUUGGCGGAUCGAUUUGUAUAAGUUGACGAGAUAGAGUUUAUCCUGGAAAAUCACCCGGAUUUUUCUGUGAUAGAAUAUGCGAUUUACUAGGCAUUGGAUGGAGUAACAAUGGAUUAAUGUAUCAUCAACUGCUUAAGGCCACGAAAAAGAGAAAAAAAAAAAGGUUC